GCCCCUCGGGGUGGAGCGCGCCAGGUGAGCGCGCGUGCGUAGUUGCACAGUAAACUAAGUCCGCCCCCUUCGCUUCGGCCCGCCUUCGUGGGGGCUGGCUCGCCAAUGGGCGGGGCCGCGGAGAAGGGGGUGGGGAGUGGAGAGCGAGCGGCCGAGGACGGCGCCUGCGCGGUGGGCGUGAUCCGGGCACUUAGGGCAGGAUGAACGCUGCUUUCCAAGAUGGCGACGGAGGGAGGAGGGAAGGAGAUGAACGAGAUUAAGACCCAAUUCACCACCCGGGAAGGUCUGUACAAGCUGCUGCCGCACUCGGAGUACAGCCGGCCCAACCGGGUGCCCUUCAACUCGCAGGGAUCCAACCCUGUCCGCGUCUCCUUCGUAAACCUCAACGACCAGUCUGGCAACGGCGACCGCCUCUGCUUCAAUGUGGGCCGGGAGCUCUACUUCUAUAUCUACAAGGGGGUCCGCAAGGCUGCUGACUUGAGUAAACCAAUAGAUAAAAGGAUAUACAAAGGAACACAGCCCACUUGUCAUGACUUCAACCACCUAACAGCCACCGCAGAGAGCGUCUCUCUCCUAGUGGGCUUUUCCGCAGGCCAAGUCCAGCUUAUAGAUCCAAUCAAGAAAGAAACCAGCAAGCUAUUUAAUGAGGAAAGACUAAUAGACAAGUCACGCGUAACCUGUGUCAAAUGGGUUCCUGGUUCGGAAAGCCUUUUCCUAGUAGCCCACUCGAGUGGGAGCAUGUACUUGUAUAACGUGGAGCACACUUGUGGCACCACAGCCCCCCACUACCAGCUCCUGAAGCAGGGGGAGAGCUUUGCCGUGCACACUUGCAAGAGCAAAUCCACGAGGAACCCUCUCCUUAAGUGGACGGUGGGCGAGGGGGCCCUCAACGAGUUUGCUUUCUCCCCAGAUGGCAAGUUCUUAGCAUGUGUGAGCCAGGACGGGUUUCUGCGUGUGUUCAACUUUGACUCAGUGGAGCUGCACGGUACAAUGAAAAGCUACUUUGGGGGCUUGCUUUGUGUGUGCUGGAGCCCAGAUGGCAAGUACAUUGUGACAGGUGGAGAGGACGACUUGGUGACAGUCUGGUCCUUUCUAGACUGCCGAGUAAUAGCUAGAGGCCAUGGGCACAAAUCCUGGGUCAGUGUUGUAGCAUUUGAUCCCUAUACUACUAGCGUAGAAGAAAGCGACCCUAUGGAGUUUAGUGGCAGUGACGAGGACUUCCAGGACCUUCUUCAUUUCGGCAGAGACCGAGCGAACAGUACCCAGUCUAGGCUAUCCAAACGGAACUCUACAGACAGCCGCCCUGUAAGUGUCACGUAUCGGUUUGGUUCAGUGGGCCAGGAUACACAGCUGUGUUUAUGGGACCUUACAGAAGACAUCCUUUUUCCUCACCAGCCCCUCUCAAGAGCAAGGACACAUACAAAUGUUAUGAAUGCCACAAGUCCACCUGCCGGAAGCAAUGGGAACAGUGUCACUACACCUGCGAACUCUGUGCCCCCGCCAUUGCCACGGUCCAAUAGCCUUCCACACUCAGCAGUCUCCAACGCUGGCAGCAAAAGCAGCGUCAUGGACGGGGCCAUUGCCUCUGGGGUCAGCAAGUUUGCAACUCUGUCACUACAUGACCGGAAGGAGAGACACCACGAGAAAGACCAUAAACGAAAUCAUAGUAUGGGACACAUUUCCAGCAAGAGCAGUGACAAACUGAACCUAGUUACUAAAGCCAAAACGGACCCAGCUAAAACUCUGGGGACAUCCCUGUGUCCUCGGAUGGAAGAUGUUCCCUUGUUAGAGCCACUGAUCUGUAAAAAGAUAGCUCAUGAAAGACUGACGGUAUUGGUUUUUCUUGAAGACUGUAUAGUCACUGCUUGUCAGGAGGGAUUUAUUUGCACAUGGGCAAGGCCUGGUAAAGUGGGCUUGUUGUCAUCCCCAAACCAGGCCAGUUCUCCAGGUGGCACUGUAGUGUAGCAGUUGGCUGCUGCUCCCAGGCUGCCCCGACACGAGUGGACUGAGGGAGUGACAGACGACAACGGAGCCAAGAGCUGCGCUGGAGCCACAGGCGGGCGGCGGGCGCAGCGGCCUGCAGGGCAGCGUGGAGCUGCUAAACCCAAAGAGUUGUUCCAUUUCUAAGUCGGUCUGUUGGGGCUGCAGGAAAAACUGAGAAAUGGAGGUUUCUUGCUUUUUACUCAAAACUCAAUGUAACUAAAUCCAUAUAUAUAUAAUAUAUAUAUAUACAUACAUAUAUACAUAGUGUAAAGUAAAAUGUUUCUUGAACAGGAAACCUUAAAUCAAGCUGUUCUAAAUAGCACUUGGCUCUGGUAUUGCACUGAUGUGUUUUAUACUUCAGGUGGUCACUGGACAGCCUGGGAUGCACUCAUGGAGACAGUUGUCACCUUCUGACUUAAGCACGUGCUGCAGACAGACAGAUGCUGCAAUCAUAGACCUAAAAAAUUGUUUGCACUUAAAAUAGUUUAAUGCUAAUAGAAAAUGACUUUGAAUAUGGGGGUAGUGGACUCCCAGCCUCCACAAUAUGGAGUGGAGACUUCCUUUUUAUCUGUUAACAUUUAUUUUAGUACUGUUGUUUCCAAUGCAAUCAAGUCUGUAUUAUAUGUGUAAAUAAUGUAAUUCUGAAAUGGGGGAAAAUAGUCACUCCCACUAGUAAUUUUCAUCAUUUAAGAAUGAUAUUUCUAAUUCACAAAACAUUAAUAUUAAAAUUAUCUUGAAUAUACUAUUUGUUUAUCCUUUUUUAACUUAAACUGUUUGGUUCUUGUUUGUUUUGGCCUCAUUCCUUGGCUGGCAUUGAAGUACUUCAUUCUUUGUGUAGCGCAUUCCGUGAUCCCUCCUGUCAGUCUGGGCCAAGUCCACACACCCUGGGGCUGCGCCCAGGAAUGGGGACUCUGGUGUAGGCACAUGGCCUUUUCCUUAUGGCUGAGAGUCCACCUGCUGUCCUUGAAAGCUGAGCGAGAUCACAUACUGUACGUUUCCACAGCUUCAGCAGCAACACCGAGACCGAGUUAUCGCAGACAUCAGUCACGUGGGGCUUCCAGAGGGUUGGCAUCAGCAGGUGUGCAGCUCACCUGUAGCUGCCGGAUUUCCAAGCAAGAGGACCGCCUUCCUCAGCUUUAAAGAAUCACGCACAGCUGGGCCCUUGAAGGCUUCAUGUGGGGGAGACUAAGCCACAAGGUAUCUGAAACAUUUCUCCAAAUGCCCUCAUUAAACAGAGGCGUGUGGAAAGAGUGUGGGGCUCUUGCUAACCUGGCUGAAUUUUUAGCCGCUGUGGCUGCCACAAGAUGAUGCUACUGUGCAGUUCACCAAUGCAAAGCCCAAGUCUGGCUUCAUUCACUGUAGGUUCCUGGCUCCCAGGCUGGGGAGGCCACCUAUUUCUGCUGAUGACCGCAAGGCCUCUAGGGUUGCCUCAGCCUUGGAAAGGUGCAACACAGGACGCUAAGACUCACACUUUCUUCAUCCCUGUUUGUUCUGUUGUGUUGUUUUGACAGGCCUUGGCUAGCCUGGAACUCACAGUGUAGCUUAGAUUACUUCAAAAUGGACGCAGUCAUUCUCCCUCAGCCUACCAAGUCUCAGUAUAUGGAUUGCAGGCAUAUACCAUUGUGCCUCAUUGAAGACUCGGUGUAUGUGUAUGGAAGUUAGAAGAAAACUCAAGGGAGUCGUUUCUUUCCUUCUACCAUGCGGGUUCUGGUAAUCAAGUUAGGUCAUGAGGUUUGGUGGCAUUGGGUCCACCCAUGGUGGAAGUAAAACAAUUUAUAAAUCACAUGCUCAGAUCAUAUUAGAGGAAAGUAUUGGCACAUUUUGCAGUUUGGUGUUCCUGUCAUCUUGAAGCAUUGAUCACACAGAAAAACUCAGCGCUUUGAGUCCAAACACCCAAAAGAAAGUGAUUAGGAAUUGCCCUCGAAAGCCAAGCCUGUUGCACGGAGCAGCAGUGACCUUCUAGGGCAGCUCUGUCCUAGAUGCUCCCAUCUGCAGGAAGUGACAGAUGGACACCAGGGCAGCUUGUGUGAAACUUGAGCACCAUUUGAAGAGAUGCUCCAGUUGAACCCCACAGUUCUUGCUGACCACCACUCAGGGGCCUUGGUCCCUACCUCAGCCAGUCUGUGUCGCCCAAUGUCUUCGUUUGACCUGCUGUGUCCCAGUUUACCUUAGAGGACUCUGCCUGUAACAAUUUUCUGGCUCUGUUUCUAUGAUCAGUCCCUAGCCACAUGGUCUGAGAUGCCUUCCAUAUGGUUCUAUAGCUGCCCCAACACCCGGCAUGCCACAGGUCCUGGAGCCAUAGGAAAUGACAGCCAGCUCACUCACCUGGUAUUGUAGGACUUGACAGGUGCCACUCGGAGGGUCUGAGGUAGAGGAAACACGGCAUCCUAGUGUCUACAGACAUGUUAGAUACGAAUUCAGGGAAUGGUGAGACCCUUGGCCUCUCCAUGCAGAAUGCCGUGGUAACAAUUCAGACAGGGAGAAGUUGCUGUACUGGGCAGGUAUGGCAGGCCCAUAGGAGGAAGAGAAAGCCGAGAGGCUUCUUCUCGGGUCCUUGAUGCAACCUUUUCAAGGGCUGCUACCCUUGCUCAGCCCAGCUUGCCAGUUGCAGGUCCUCCUUUGGGCCAUCCUGUCCAGCCCACUCUGCUGGCUUUCAUCUCUGGGCCCUUUCUGUGCUGGCCUGGCUGCAAGCCUACUGGCCUAAGACUCCUAAACCAACAGCAAAGGCAGGCCAGGCCUCCCUGCAGACUCUCUCCACCAUGCCAGGGUACACGAGACUGUCACAUGAAUGCAGAAGACAGCCACUAGACCCUGGCUCUGCCCCUUCUAAGCCUCUUCUCCAGUCUCUAACCUGACUGUGCUGGAUACCCAUACUCACAGUGACCCAUGACCAUACUGCCCUCUGCUGUCCCAUGUCAUCCUAUGGCAUCACUGCCCCAACCUACCCACCUGUCUAGUGGCCUGAAACUCGGGUCAGUAGAGUCCUUAAGGACGGUCAGAGAUCUGACACUCAACACUUCCUUCCCUGUUAAGUUUUGCUUUUUAACUGGUGUAAAUUUGAAAAGAUAAAAAAAGAAGGCAUACUUAAUUCCUUUGUUCCCCAGAGCUGAACAGAGGCUAGGUUACUGCUAAGAGUGCUUACCCAGAGUGCAUGGGGCCCCAGAUCCCACUGUCAACACGGCAAACGCAAAAAUAAACCCUAAGGAGCUAGGAGGAUCUUGUCCUGAAGUCCAGCUACCCUGAGUCCACUCAGUGCUGUUCUUUUAUAGUGUUUCCAUCCCUUCCCUGUAGUGAGAGAGAGAGAACACGCACUGUGUGCUGGUGUGUGCAGAAGAGGACACGUCGUGUGCCACUUAGUGUUUUCCACACCAUUGAGUCCCAUGGGAUAGAGUCUCUGGCUGAGCCUGGAGCUUGCUGGGUUUUGGUACACUGGGGGCCUGAAAGCCCCAGAGACCUGUCUUUUUCCCAUCCUGUGCUGUUCCCUGCCCAGUGGUGGGGUUAUGGGGAUCUAACAGUACCCAGCUUGUACAUGGACUCCGUGGGCCCUGACUCCCACCCUCUUCUAUGCAGCACGCAUCUUCCCCGCGCCCGAGCUCCCUGGGCCAGUCCCUCGUUCCUCGGCACAAGGUGCCCAGCUUUCCUACUUGCACCAAGCAACACUGGCAAUCAGACAACUGGCUGAUCUCUAAGGGAGCCUAGGCACUGGCAGCCAAGACGACGUGGCCACCACUUGAAGCUGGCACUCGGAGGUCAGCCCCCUCCCCCCAUCUGCAGUUCAGGAAAGUGAACAUAAAGGAGUGGCUCCAAACACAUCUAAAUGGAGAAUGUUCUGAUGAGAUCCUGUGACAGUGCCUUAGUUAGUGGAAUUUAGUCUCCACCAGCAUUCCUAUGAGGUGCCACAGCUGCAACACCUCAACACCUGCCAGUCCUGUCAGGAAAACAGUCACAUGCAGCGUGCACAACCGCCUUUCAACCAAGCCUACGAUACUCAGCACAGAUUCUGGUCUGUCUAUCUUUUAUUUUUUUGAGGCAAUGAUACUCUGUAGCCCAGACUGGGCUCUUCCUCCUCUGCCUCUCCAGUGCUAGAAUGACAGGCCUGAGCUACCACACC